GCGCUGUCAGCGCGAGGCGGCGAGCGGAAUGCAGCGGCCGGAGGCCUGGCCACGUCCGCACCCGGGGGAGGGGGCCGCGGCUGCCCGGGCCGGGGGCCCGGCGCCGCCCGUCCGAGCCGGGGAUCCCGCGGGGCUGCGGUUGCAGGAACCUUCCCUCUACACCAUCAAGGCUGUUUUCAUCCUAGAUAAUGACGGACACCGCCUGCUGGCCAAGUAUUAUGAUGACACAUUCCCCUCCAUGAAGGAGCAGAUGGCCUUCGAGAAAAAUGUCUUCAACAAGACCAGCCGGACUGACAGUGAGAUUGCGUUUUUGGGGGGCAUGACCAUCGUCUACAAGAGCAGCAUUGACCUCUUCCUGUAUGUGGUGGGCUCAUCCUCCGAGAAUGAGCUGAUGCUCAUGUCUGUGCUCACUUGCCUGUUUGAGUCCCUGAACCACGUGUUAAGGAAGAACGUGGAGAAGCGCUGGUUGCUGGAGAACAUGGACGGAGCCUUCCUGGUGCUGGAUGAGAUCGUGGAUGGCGGUGUGAUUCUGGAGAGUGACCCCCAGCAAGUGAUCCAGAAAGUGAAUUUUAGGGCAGAUGACAGCGGCUUGACUGAACACAGCGUGGCCCAGGUCUCUCUGCCCAGACUAACCCUGCUUUUAUGGAGCUUCCUGCCCUGGCACUAACUUCCUCCUGCUGUGGUGGCCCAGGCCGAGAUGGGCCUGUGCCGUCCCGUGUGGAGCCCCAGGAGUGGUGCCCACUGUCCGGUGACUGCCCUUUGUGCCUACUCUGCCUCUCCCCUUCCCGGUUCCCCAUGCCUCCUCCUACCCCACUGAGGUGAAUGCAGCCCUGUGGCAAUUCUCAGGCCAAGGAGGUUAAGGAGCAAAGAGCAGGGCAGUUAAGAACAGGGCUGCUGGCGUGAGUCAUCCCAGGAUAUAUGUUCGACCUUAUCACCUACAUGCUGGGUCACUGAGGGCAAGUUCCUCAACCUCUCUGGGCCUCACAUAAUCACACGACAUUCCUCACAGAGUUAUUAUGAGAAUUAGAUGAGCUAAUACAUGGAAAGCUCUUAGCACAGAUCCUAUUUUCCAAAGGGAGAAAGAAUGAAGACAUAGCACUUUAAAUGAAAUUCUUGAGUAAAAACCAAGGAAGUUGCAGGUAGUGAAUGGGAGAUGGAAAGAAGAGAAAGUUAGAUUCCAGCUGGGAGAAGGAGAACCCCAGGGCUAAGCUGUCCCUAAGAGAGGGCAGGAGGAAGGGACACACAGUGUGGGAUGGGCCUUCUUCAGAAAGGAAUGAGGCUUGAUGGCUGGAGGAGCCAUCUGAGGGACAUACCUGGGGUCCCCACCAUGUUGUCAUGGAUUUGUAUAAACAUGGGACUGAGGCCAUUUCAGCAGGAUGUGAGAGUGAACACAUUUGAGCGCAGGUGUCCCCCGGCAGACUCUGGCCAGGAACCCUUUGCCAGCUGUGCCACAUCAGCAGCAGGUUGGGUGGGGUGUUGAGGAUACACUGCCAGCCCAGUCCAGAGCUAGGGGUUUGCUGAGGUGUCUGGGCUCAGGAAGCGUCAGGCCAGGGCGUCUCUGCCCGGAUGUGGCAUUGUGGGCGGGAGCUCGCAUGGCCUGGUGCGGGGGAGACAGGGCUGCUGCCACACCCUGGCUGCAGAUGCAGGAACUGGAGGGCUGGGCAGGUUCUGGCCUGGACUGGUGGUUGGCUGCAGCCAGUGUGAGCUGCUCAUUCAGUCUUGAUGGCCUGUCCCCACUGAAACCAGGCAGAGGUGAGCUGCUGCCACCUAGUGACCGGGGAUUGCAGGGACACUUAGAGAAGGUGGCUGUAGACCUCCCCCUCACUGCAGUUGUUAACAUACUUGACAUUCCCCCUAGUAAUUCUCUCAACCUUCCACACCCCACCCC